AAAAAACCCUAGCACUUGCAUAUAAGAAUGCAUUACCCUUUCUAUCUCACUAGUUUCAGAAGAGAGAGAAAGCAUCAACAAUGUCGAAGCGAGGUCGCGGAGGUUCCGCCGGGAACAAAUUCCGCAUGUCGCUGGGUCUGCCGGUGGCUGCGACGGUGAACUGCGCCGACAACACCGGUGCUAAGAAUCUCUACAUUAUCUCGGUGAAGGGAAUCAAGGGAAGACUCAACAGGUUGCCCUCUGCUUGCGUCGGGGACAUGGUGAUGGCCACCGUGAAGAAGGGUAAGCCCGAUCUCAGGAAGAAGGUCAUGCCGGCCGUGAUCGUCCGUCAACGCAAGCCUUGGCGCCGAAAGGACGGUGUUUUCAUGUAUUUUGAAGACAAUGCUGGGGUGAUUGUGAAUCCCAAAGGAGAAAUGAAAGGGUCUGCAAUUACUGGGCCUAUUGGCAAGGAGUGUGCAGAUCUUUGGCCUAGGAUUGCCAGUGCUGCCAAUGCUAUUGUUUAGUGAUAUGUCUCAUAUUAUGGAUUAGUUGGAUUUUUGUUUUGGCUGUUUUUUUUGGAGUUUUUGACAUUGAGUUCUUGGCCAUAAGCAUUCUGUAUCACUGAGGAUUUGAGUUAUAUUAAUGACAGUUAUUUUUAUACUUUUUUUUUAUUCA